AUGUCAUUUACCCUCUGUUUCCAAGUAGAUGCUCCAGAUCAGAUGAACGAUGGAACCAACCACAAACAUUCACUCAGUAACCCACAGCUCUCUAUUCCUUCCUGUUCCUUUGAGAUGGGAGCCAGCAGAAGAAGAGAAGAAGAAGAGAGAAAAGUUCAAUCAAAACAAUCCAUCAAUCCAGUUGACAUGGUAGGGAGAACAGAAGAUGUUCACAGAGGAAAGACAGGAUGAUAAUGGCAAGGUUGUUCAAAUUAUUAGACAGAUGAACAUACAAGAUAGGAGUGGAGAGGAUAAUGUCGCAGCUGAUAAAGAUGAUGAUAACACUGGAGAGAGAGAACUGAAAGGAGAUGAUAAUGUCGUUGGCCAAACCGAACAGGAAGGUGAAGUGGCCAAUGAUUAA